AUACUCAGGAAAGCAGCAUAGACGUAAGCACAAUCCUGAUGGAUUGCUCUACAUUAUUUUUCAACUUCAAAAAUGUGAUAAAGCUCGAUGAUGCAGUGAAAACUACUGUUGUCUGGCUCCACGAUUUCUUUGUAUAAUAAUACUUGCAAGGCUACUCCAUUGAAGGAUUGGACGGAUCAACCAGGUACACUUGUAGACCUUCAUGUAGCCGGUUUACCGGAUGUCGAUCGGACAUUUUUUUGUGACCUCCUUAUGCCCGAUAAAUGGUUGGCCGGUUAUCAUGUGGAUGCUAUCAUAUACUUGAUCAAUAAGGAGAGGAGAUGGCCGAAAACUACAUUAAUGGAGCCUUAUUUUAUGGUUUUGACACCCCCCUAAAUGUGGGGAAUUCGCAUUGGGUGUUGGUUCAAAUAGACCUUCGUGCAAAAAUGUUAAGAGUAUAUGACUCCAUGAGAAGUGGAUGGACCGUGGCAUCCAUAAAGGACUUGUGGGAUCGCCUCCCCCACCUCCUACAUAUUAUUACGUGGAGAACAGAAGAUUACGUCGCAGACGACCUUUGUUAGUAAUAUACGGACCUGCUCAUUUAGUAGAACCACACCAAUUCAUUUCCAGUAUAUACAGUAUCUGUUUGAAAGAUCCAAGGUCGAAACAUGUAGUUUAUCUUAUGUCAUUUUCCUCGUUUAUGCAGAUAAGGCAUAAUGUAUAAACAAAAUAGAAGUUGGAUGUAUGAUAAAGAUGCAGUAUUGUACGGAAUGCAAUCAAAUGUUUUCAAUGAAGUCGGGAAAUUUAUUGAAUUCGCACUUGAACAUCCGACUUAUAUGAGUGGUGAUAAAAUAAGAUGUCCAUGUUCAAAGUGUAAAAAUCUCAAAUUUAAAGACCCACACGAAGUUGGCUAUGAUUUGUACGCGGUCGGUUUUGUUCCCAAUUAUUAUAAUUUCACUUCUCACGGCGAACCUUUGGAUCCAUCUGUUAUAUUACAAACGGUAGGUUCGUCUCGUUACGUCCCUCCAGAGAUGAGUGGGUGGGGAGAUCGUGCUGAAAUGAGGUGGGAACAAGAAAUGGUAUAUGACGCAUACGGUGUAUCGAUGUCUCAGUUCAACCCCCCACAACCAUCUAACGACCCCGCUGAAGCCUCGAUCUCGUAUCAACCAGAUGCGGAUGAAAAUCCGUCAUUUUAUCAAUCUUAUGUGGAUGAAGGUUUGGCUGAGAGAUUUCAGGAUGUUCUAAAUGCUGCCGACCAAUCUCUGUAUGCUGAUUGUGAGGGAUACACUCAGCUAUCCGCCGUUACAGAGUUUAUGAACAUAAAAGCCGAAUACAGUCUCCCUGAAACUUGCAUGAAUAGAGUCUUGCAGUCAGUAGGAGGGAUGCUACCGCGUGAUCAUACCCUUCCCGAUUCAUAUUACCACAUGAAGUAGUUAAUGUCCAAGUUGGGGCUACCUUGUGUCGAAAUUGAUGCGUGCCUGGAAGGAUGUAUGUUGUUCUGGAAGGAGGAUGGGGCACUUGAGUUUUGCAAGUUCUGUGGUGGAGACAGAUACAAACCUGUUCCUCAAAGUAAAAAGAAACCACGACAUAGGUCGGCACUGUCUAAACUGUAUUACCUUCCAAUAGCUCAUUGACUGCAGAGGAUGUACGCUUUGACUGCUACUGCGAAACACAUGACAUGGCAUGUUGAGCACGAAACCAAUGAGGGUAUGAUGGCUCACCCUUCGGAUUGUGAGGCCUGGAGAUACUUUGACCGUUAUCAUCCUCAGUUUGCUAUGGAGCCACGAAAUGUGCGGCUGGAAUUGUGCUCAGACGGAUUUGCUCCUUUUGGCAGGUUUGGGAAGAACUAUUCAUGUUGGCCGGUCAUGUUAACUCCUUACAAUCUCCCUCCCGACAUGUGCAUGAAAAGUCAUUUCAUCUUUUUGUCUUUAAUUUGUCUGGGUUCCAAGGAUCCUGGAAGAAAGAUAGACAUUUAUCUUCAACCCCUUAUCGAGGAGACGAACUUAUGAUGUUUCAUCAGAUCAGGUGUUUAUCAUGAAAGCUGUCAUCAUUUGGACCAUUAGCAACUUCCCUGCCUAUGACAUGCUUUCUGGAUGGAGCACACACGAUCUGAUGGGAUGUCCGAUAUGCAUGGAGAAAUCAGGUGCGAACUGGCUCAGUUACAGUAAAAAAGGAAGUUACUUUGAUUGUCACCGCAAUUUUCUCCCGGAAAAGCACCGAUAUCGAAAGGACAAAAAGUCUUCCAUUAGAGGCAGAGCGGUACGAGAGAGCGCACCCCUGAGAUUGACCGGCGAAGAAAUUUAUAACCGGGUUCGACGUCUUCCUACAGCUAUGGAAGAGCCAAACCAGGAACCACACGGGUUUUGUCAUACCCAUAAGUGGACAAAGAGGAGCAUAUUCUGGGAGUUGCCAUAUUGGAAAGACCUUCUCAUCCGUCACAAUUUAGAUGUAAUGCACACUGAGAAGAACGUGUUUGACAAUAUAUUUAACACGGUGAUGGAUUUCAAAGGCAAAACUAAAGACGGUCUUGCAGCUAGGAAAGAUAUGACUAUUUGGUGUGAUAGACUCGAACUUUCUGUUGAUCUAGAAUAUCAGGGCAAGGAAGUUCCAAAAGCAGUUUACCAGUUGACAGAAGCACAAAAGGAAGCAAGAUGACUGACGAACAAUCAACAUCUCGUGACCGCCCUAACUAUGCGCCCAUGACCGAAGCCGAGCGCAACACUGAAAGUGCGGUUUGGGUGACACCUCACCAAGUUGCUCAUGACAAAGAAGUGUUCGAAGGCAUCAAAAACAUAAUAGGAGGACACUUUCUUGGCAAUUGGGCCACCUACACGGAUGUUGACCCCAAGGUCCGCGAAUUAUGGUGGAACCUAUUCAAGGGUCGCUUUCGUUGGACUCACGCACACGGUGAUGCUAUUCUUAGAGCCUAUAAUGCUAGGAUUUCGACCAGGGUUCGGCCCACUUUUAAGCGUGCCCGAGCGUGUGCGAGGCAGCCUAGAUGGGUUUCGGAUGAAGUGUGGGCCAACCUUUGUCGCCACUGGUCUUCGGAUCCGAAAUUCUUGGCCAGAAGUGAAACCGGUAAGAAAAACCGGAUGUCUGAGAAGGCCUUAGAGACACAGUGGCACGGGGGUCGCAAAUCUCAGAGUGCCCAUAGAGAAACUCUUACGAAGUAUAACGAGACUGUUGAGAGUAAGCGUGCGGAGUGAGGCUUGACCCAGGAGGACGAGCUCGAUUCCGAUGCGGAUAAUGAGGCGAUCAUUGAGGCGCCCGGGGUUUACAAGGGUCGGGUUCCGUGCCUGGGGGUCGAGGAGCAACGGAUUUUGUAUGAUCGAAGCACCGGCGCUUCCUCUUCUCGAUCAAGGCGGGGAGAAGAUCCUCGUAUUGCCCAAAUGCAGCGUGAAUUGGAAGAGCACGAGCGGCGAUGGGAGGAGCAGCGGAAAAAAGAGGAAGAAACAAAAGCUAGGCUGGAGGAGAUGGAACGGUUCAUGCGUGCCGGAUUCCAGCCUCCGCACCAGCCGGAUUCAUGCGUACGUAUUGCACCCUGAGCAGACUCCUCAAGUUCUACACAUGGGCGACGAAGUACAACGAAUCCGUUGACAGGCAACGUGCGGCACGAGGCUUGACCCAGGAGGACGACCUCGAUUCCGAUGCGGAUGAUGAGGCGGCCAUUGAGGCGGCCGGGGUUUACAAGGUCCGGGUUCCGUGCUUGGGGGCCGAGGGGCAACGGAUUUUGUAUGAUCGAAGCACCGGCGCUUCCUCUUCUCGGUCAAGGCGGGGAGAAGAUCCUCGUAUUGCUACAAUGCAGCGUGAACUGGAGGAGCACGAACGGCGAUGGGAGGAGCAGCGGAAAGCAGAUGAGGCCACAAAAGCCCGGUUGGAGGAGAUGGAACGGUUCAUGCGUGCCGGAUUCCAGUCUCCGCAACAGCCUUUUCCUCCCCCGUACGUAUUCCACCCUGAGCAAACUCCUCAAGUUCCGCACAUGGGCGGUAUGGGAUUUUUCCCCAACUCCGGAUACGGUGGCAUGCCUAUGAUCUCCCCGAAUUUCGGAUCUAUGUCCUUUGAUUUUGCAAGGUCAUCCGGAGGAGGUAGUGGUCCACCGAGCCAUGGACCCCGAGGAGGACCCCGAGGAGGAACCCAACCUGACCCCGAAGACCCCCCCGUGAACCCAGAUGAGUUUCUUGUUGAUGAUGAUGAUGAUGAAGAAGUAGAAAAUCCUAAUUUUUUUCAUAAUGGAGUCCCACGAAGGGACAUGUAAUCAUCAUACAUUUAUACUUUGUUGUAUGUCAAAACAUUUAAAAGUUUGUCACAAUAUUUAUUAAGUUUGUUGUAUGUC